GUGUGCAAGCAGAUGCAUGAACAGUGUUUUUAUUUAAGUUUUUUACGCAUUUAGGACGCGUCGUCGUAGCGACGUUAAGGCAACGUUUUCUAUUUUAGAAUGCAGCACAUAGUGUUAGGUGCAAACUGCAAUUAAGCCAAAGAAUUAAUUAAGCAUUGCAGGCUCUGCCUGCGUGGGUAGCAACAGCAGAAACGGAAACAAUAACAACAACAACAGUUCAAAACGGAGUUACGGAAAGCAAAUCAGUUUUUUUUGGACAGGUUUGAAUCAGAACAGAUACACAUACACACAGAAAUUCCAAAAAUCAUAGCAAACAACGAUACAUAACUGUUGACACUUUUUGGCGCGGGGGUGGUGGUAGCUCCAACAGCAGUAGCAGCAACAACAACAACAACAAAUCACACAUCUAUACAUAUACACAAAAAGCAGCAAGUAUGAGUAAUAGCGGAGAAAAUAACGGCAAUAGACGCGCUAACGUUGAUUGGCAGCGUUUUGGCCUAGGUGGCGAUGAUGAUGGUGAGAUAACCGUAGCCAAUUUUCGCCAACGAAGCAACAACAACACCGGCGGCUUUGUUGAUCUCGGCAAUGAGUAUACAUACGCAGCUGGUGGUCAUCAUGCAUCUGGCGCUAACGAAAUCUUUGCCGGCGAGCAAGGCGACAAGCCUUGGUGGCGCUCAAGUUUUUUCAUCUCACAACCGGUGCUCUUUGGCACUUGGGAUGGCGUCUUCACCUCCUGCCUGAUUAAUGUCUUUGGCGUAAUUGUCUUUCUGCGCUCCGGUUGGAUUGUCGCCCAAGCGGGAAUCCUUAAUGCUGUGCUCAUCAUAUUUUGCACUGUGGUGAUUGCACUCGUCUCGGUGCUCUCAGCCAUUGGCAUCUGUGAGCGUUGUCGAGUUGAGAGCGGCGGCGUUUACUUUCUCAUUGCCCACACGCUUGGCUCGCGCUUUGGUGGCGCCCUGGGUCUGCUCUAUUGUUUUGGUCAGGCCGUAGGCUGCGCUCUCAAUGUCAUGGGCUUUGGCGAAUCUAUGGCUGGACUGGUCGGCCUCGAAGGCAACACGUGGGCCAUUCGCGGCUUUGCCACAGCAGCUGUACUCCUCCUUGGCUGCAUCAAUGUGGCCGGCGUCAAGUGGGUCAUCAAGCUACAGUUCAUACUGCUUAUGAUAUUACUGAUCUCUGCGCUGGACUUUAUGGUGGGCAGCUUUAUUGGCGAGGAUGCAGAACACAGCUUUGAUGGCUGGAUGAGCGGUAACUUUAUGGAGAAUCUUUGGCCAAAAUAUGAAGACGGUUAUUCCUGGUUCCGUGUCUUCGGCGUCUUCUUUCCCACAGUCACCGGCGUGCUCUCAGGCAUUAAUAUGAGCGGCGAUCUCCGCGCACCAUCCACAGACAUACCCAAUGGCACUUUGGCCGCAUUUGGCACUUCCACUUUUCUAUAUAUGGUGUUUGUACUAUUUUUGGGCGCCACCUGCCGACGUGCCAUACUCUAUUCGGACUUUAUGAUUGCUGUGAAGGUGUCGGCGGUACAUUUUCUGUUGCUGGCGGGCAUCUAUGUGUCCAGCAUGUCCUCCUGCCUGGGCGCCAUGUACGGCACGCCGCGUGUGCUGCAGAGCAUAGCCAAGGAGAGUGUUAUUCCCGGCAUUGACGCACUGGGCAAGGGCCGUGGGCCCAACAAGGUGCCACUGUAUGCUAUGGCCGUGGUAGCCGUCGUUACGGUUACGUUUAUCAUUGUGGGCGACAUUAAUUUCCUGGCACCCAUCGUGACCAUGCCCUUCCUGAUGACAUACGCGUGCAUAGACUACGCAUAUUUUGCGCUUGCCCAAACCUUUGAUAUUCAGGAGCAGCGUGAGGAGCGCUUCCGCAUACAGGCCUCCAGUCCUAGCUAUGAAACGCGUCGCUAUGGCAGCGUUGGCGACGCUGGAAAUGAUCUCGACUUACUUUUUCCGGAUCGCGUGCGACACAAGAAUCUGCAAAGUCCUCAGAAUUCGCCAAUGCAUCAGACACAUGUGCCACCACCGAUGCCGUCCGUUAAUAUUGUAGACUUCAAUGCUCCAGCACCCAGCACCUCAGCACAGGGUGAGGCUACAACAGAGGGCGGCGAAGCACCUGCCACUCAAGGGGGCAGCGACGGCGAAGAAGAAGUCGAACCCAUUGCACCCAUACGCCCACCCAUACAUUCAAAAACGAAAAAUUGGUAUUCGGGCUUCUGCAACCGGUGGGCUUCGCUGCUGGGCGCUUUAACCAAGCUGCUUGUCAUGCUGCUGGUGAAUUGGUAUUAUGCCCUAACUUGCUUCCUGGUUGUCUUCGUCGUGUGGUUCUAUGUGGGCACAGCCAAUCCCGCCGUCAAGCCCGGCUUGACUGCAGAGUUUAACUUCUUUGGCUGGCUCAAGAGCGUCAUCUUCAGAUGCUUUGGCAAGCGCAUGCAUGAGUACGAACAGAUUGUAGUGACGCCCUCGUGUCCAGGCGUUGACUUGUCACCCACCCAGCUUAACGAGCAGAACGAGGACUUUAGACCGCGUCCCAAUUACCAUCACUCGUCCGUUAUAGAGGGUCGUCUUAUAGACGACAUCUAAAUUGUGUGUUUAAAAUAAGGGCGUGAGCGUGGCAAGCAAUAUUUUGAAGUGCAUUUAGAAUUUAUAUGUAUAAUUGUAUGUAUGUAUAGCGUAGGGUAUGUCUAUCCAGCACUUGCAUAUACAAACACCCGCACACACACAGACACACACACACACUCACACAGGCGCACAUGCAGACUUAAAGAAUGUAGGCCCAGGCGCACACAGUUUUAUAUAUUUUUUGCAGCUUUAGCUAAAUUUAAAAUUUAAUGAUGUAUUUAUUAAGUUGUAAGUUGAAUUGUUUUUGAAAACAGCUUGAGUCAAGUGUUCCUUUCUUAAGUGUAAAGUCUGUCUACUCUGUACUUUCCUACUAUUUACAAGUGUAUAUUGUUUUAGCAAGUCCAAUUGUUGCUAAAGCACAACUCUACACUGCGUUCAACCUUGUAAAGUUGUGUAGAGCUUGGCUUUCAUAGAUAUGUUUCCAUGCGUUAUGUUACGUCUCAAAGCACAUAGCUUAACUGAGGAAACAUAUGUGAUACUGAGAUAAUAAGAAAAACAAUAACAAAUUUAAAAACGUAUACAAAAUAAUCACAAUGACACCGCAACUAAAAAUUUAUUAAACAAAUUGUAAACGAAAUUUGGCGCGUUAGUUAAUAUUCUUUAAAUGAACAAAUUGAAAUCGAAGAGAAGUUAUGUCCAAGAAUUUGCAUAAGAGACUAUACUCACA